AUGUCUAUGCGCGUUGCUGUCCGGACAGGACGCCGCUUGGCUACCGCGUCGCGUUCGUUGUCGGCGGCAGCAACGAGGGUUUCACCGCGUUUCAUUCAUUCAUCGCCCAUCUCGAAAGCUUCGGAGUCCCCAUUCACGGAGCAGACUUCGCCAAAUCCUACCAUUACAAAGUAUGCCGAAGCAGCGGAGAAACUGCACGAAUAUGGAUCCUAUUUAAUCCAGUGUCUUCCAAAAUACGUUCAACAAUUCUCCGUCCUCAGGGAUGAAUUGACGCUCUACGUCUGCCCCUCCGGCGUUGUGCCCGUCCUCACAUUCUUGCGAGACCACUCGCAAUGUCAGUUUAAGGGCUUGAUGGACAUUAGCGGCGUGGACUUCCCUGAACGCGACAAGCGUUUCGAGAUCGUAUAUCAUCUCUUGAGUUACAAGUACGGUGGAAGGAUUAGGGUCAAGACGUAUGCUGGAGAGGCGGAUACUGUUCCGAGUGCUACUGAAGUGUACAGUGGUGCAAAUUGGUACGAGCGGGAAGCCUGGGACUUGUUCGGUAUAUUCUUCAAGGGUCAUCCCGACCUUCGUCGCAUCCUUACCGAUUACGGGUUCGAAGGGCAUCCCCUGCGGAAGGAUUUCCCAUUAACUGGAUACACCGAGGUGCGCUAUGAUGAGGAGAAGAAGCGCGUGGUGUACGAGCCUCUGCAGUUGACUCAAGCCUUCAGGAACUUCGAGGCGCAGUCCCCUUGGGAGCAAGUCGGCCACGGCACCGAGAGCCCAAAGCCGAAGGAGUUCAAGCCCGUCCCCCCUCCUCCACCUGAGGAGCAGAAGAAAUAG